GAUAUCAUGGGGAAGUCAAGAUUUUACCUUGGGGAAGUCGGAAAUGGGGCUGCAAUGAAACUUAUUGUCAACAUGAUCAUGGGCAGUAUGAUGGCAACCUUUUCUAAAGGGUUGCUUCUCAGCGAGAAAGUAGGACUGGACCCAAAUGUACUGGUUGAGGUAGUGUCUGAGGGUGCCAUUAGUGCACCGAUGUAUUCGCUGAAAGGUCCAUCAAUGGUCAAAUCUCUAUACCCUACUGCUUUUCCCUUAAAGCAUCAGCAGAAGGACAUGAGACUUGCCCUGGGAUUAGCAGAAUCUGUUUCCCAACCCACUCCAAUUGCAGCAGCUGCAAAUGAACUAUACAAGGUAGCAAAAAGUCACGGGCUUAGCGAUAGUGAUUUUUCAGCAGUGAUUGAAGCACUGAAAGGAAAAGUGCAAUCCUGAGCAAACUUGUGUGUUUUUUUCCUGGUUACGAAGGAGAGGCUUAUACCUGAGAUCUCGAGUUUUCUUGUAUGUCAUCAUCACCAGCUUGUGGUCU